AGGGAAAGACAGGUAACAAACAUGAUAGAGGUGCGGCACAGGAACAGAACAACAAAGGCAGAGACAGACAGAGAAGACAAAUAUCUCUAUAUACUCUCUAUAUACUCUCUAUACACUCUCUAUAUACUCUCUAUAUACUCUCUAUAUACUCUCUAUAUACUCUCUAUAUACUCUCUAUAUACUCUCUAUAUACUCUUUAUAUACUCUUUAUAUACUCUCUAUAUACUCUCUAUAUACUCUCUAUACACUGCUCACUGGACUGUCCCCUGGGAGAAGAGAAAGGGGCAGGAACUUAGGGCCACAGGAGAGAGACAUACAGAGGAGACUGCUGAGCGAGAGGGAGACACUUCUUUUUACCCACUGCCCGGCCCUGACUUUCCUGGGACACAAGGCGAGUGUCUCUAACUUGGGGCCCCAGGACAGAGCGAUAUAAAGAGAUUAUACUUGGGACACAGAGAGAUUCAGCAAAAGGGGGUCUCACAAGCGUCGCCCAUAAAAAGCCCCCCAUCUCCCUGCUCAGAUCUUUGGCCUCCUGGCAGCAGGUGUAGGAAUGGAGACAGAGGAGGGGACGGAUUGGCUGCUGGUGUUACUGAAGGAGGUGCAACUGGAACAAUUCUACUCGCAACUUCACAAUGAGCUGAACAUCACCCGCCCGGGACACUUUGAUUUUGUAAAGCCAUUUGAUUUGGAUCAGAUUGGCAUGGGGAGACCAGGACAGAGGAGACUGUUCGAGGCACUGAAGCGCAGGAAACCCCCAGUUCGCCCCAAAUCCUGGAUGCACAAGGUGGUUCCCCCCAAAAAUCCAGAGUCCCCAGAAGGACCCCAAAGCCCAGAGAUGUCUCCCUCACAGAUGGAACCUGAUAGCACCACGAAAUGUCUCAUUAAUGAACGUGACCUGACCCUGUUUGAGAGGUUGGGGGACGGCUGUUUUGGGGUAGUGAGACGGGGGGAGUGGAGAGUCUCGAGUGGAAGGACUGUGAAUGUGGCAGUGAAAUAUCUGCGAUCCGAUGCCUGCACCGACCCAGAAGCCCUGCAAGAUUUCCUGCAGGAAGUGAACUCCAUGUACGUGUUGGACCAUCCCCACCUCAUCCGCCUCUAUGGGGUGGUACUUUCCAAACCUUUGAAAAUGGUAACAGAAAUAGCCUCUCUGGGCUCCCUGCUGGAUGUCCUACAUAACAGCUAUGGAAGUUGUGGCUCCUUCUCACUGCCCCUCCUAUGGAAGUACUCCUUGCAGAUCGCUUCUGGCAUGAAGUACUUGGAGUCACACAAUUUCAUCCACAGAGAUCUGGCAACUCGGAACAUUCUACUGACCAGUGAGGAAGUGGUCAAGAUUGGUGACUUUGGCCUGAUGAGAGCACUUGGUGGGCACAGAGACCAUUACAUUAUGUCUGCCCACCGCAAGAUCCCCUUUGCAUGGUGCCCCCCAGAGAGUCUCAAGAUUGGAGCUUUUUCUAACCAGUCAGAUGUCUGGAUGUUUGGUGUUACAUUGUGGGAGAUGUUCACCUACGGACAGGAGCCUUGGUUUGGCUUCAAUGGGAAACAGAUACUACUGACGAUUGACCGUGACAGAGAAACGCUGGAGAGACCAGAUGAUUGUCCCCGGGUUCUCUACGAGGUAAUGAAGAAGUGCUGGAUGUAUGAACCAGAUCAGAGGCCAACAUUUGCCAAACUUAUAGGCCUUCUCAAUGCGGCACGUCCCCAAGAGGUCAGAAUUCAACGUGAGUUAAAUGACCCUGGCUGUCUCCACCUGCAAAGUGGUGAUGUGGUCACUGUUAUUGAAGCGGGGUCAGAUACACAUCUAUGGAGAGGGCAGAACAAGCGGACACUUAAAGUGGGGAGAUUCCCUGCAUCCAUUGUCUCCGUGAGGGAUUUAGCCCACUUUCCGAUUUCUGGGAGACAAUCUACAAGCCUAAUACAGCUGUCUGGUAUUGAGAUGGAGUCAGAGAAUGAUAGGAGAAACAGAAUCAAGGACAGAGGAAGAAGAGCAGAGAGAAGCAAUCUGCUGGGUAUGCAAAGAAUCUCCAAAAGCCUUGAAUCUAUCGCUGAUCCCUUAGCUCCAGCCAAUAGGCAACAUGUGGUAACAAGGAACCGUGCUCAUGAUCUGGAGAGCCAUCCCAUCAACGCAUCUCCCCGGAGAAUAAGUGACAUACCCAAUAUCCAAAAUCUUUCCAAUAUGAGACCUCCUGUGUUUCCCAAAGCCAAGGGACCUACUUCUAAGGAGAGAUUUAAUCCGGUCCCAAAUGCUGAUUUCCUUGUUCAAUCAAUUGGUGGUGUCCCUCGCCAGACUCCAGGAGGAACAGGGUCUGAGGGAGAAGCUGGAGGAAAGGGUUCAGGACAGAGAACUCCUGCAGAUAUUGAGCUGCAAAGAAAGAUCAAGGAGGUUGAGGAACGGGUGCAUGGAGUGACCACGGAGGAGUGUCGGAAGGCGUUGCACAGUAGUUCGGGGAAUGUUGGGCGAGCUAUCCAAGCACUCAAGAUGGAGCAGUUAUACAAUGUGGGCGGACACAGUAAGGAAGAAUGUCAACAGAUUUUGGAGAAGUAUCAGUGGAAUUUGGAGGCCGCUUCCCGCUAUGUGUUGCGUAAGGCCAACGUAUCAUCGUGAUUAUUUUUUCUCAGUGGUGAAAUACUUGACUUGGAUGCCAACACCGUGGUCAGAGGCGCAGGACACAACUGCCAAACAUGAGAGUCUUGAGUAAGUGACUCCUCCUUGGGUGGCUUGACAUUGGGGGGCUGUUUAGGAGAUGUAUCGGCCACCAGUCACCAUUUUGUGUUGACCUCAGUGAAUGGACAUUUAUUGAGAACCAGCUUCCAUGCUUCACACUGGUGCAAUUCUACCUCUAAAAUAGAAUCAUUGGACAAGAAACUGGGCUCGUUGGUGUAGACAUUACCUGCUGUCAUGCACCUCAAGUUUCCAUGAUCUCAGGUUUAGAUGGAAUCCACUUGUGACUGUAAUGUUUUACUUAUAUCCUACUUUUGGCCCUGGCUGAGAUGAAUCCUUUAUCUUGAGACAAAGGGAACAACCUUGCUGGGGCUAGGAGGAUGGGACGAGCCGCCAUAUUGGUUGGGGCAUGUGGAAUAAAUAUUUAGUUCAUCCUCUGGAUUAGAGAGCAAUUCUUCUGCCACAGAAGGGGGGGACCAUCAUGAACUCUGUCUGAACUGCGUAUUGGGACAGUGCCGAAUUAUUAGGAAUGAAACAUCUUAUUUUGUACUUGGUUUUGAACUUUUUAUACCAUUAUUAAAAUCUUAAAUGCAGAACCCUGAUCCCAGUGAUAUCCCCCAGUCCAAUUCCUUGGGUGGAACCUGCUCUUCUUCUCAAACUUGAAUCAGUCUCGGGCGGCAACCCAAUGACUUCCCAUCGGACCUUUUACAGAAUUGAAAGCUUUCUAUUGAAACAGUACAUGGCUGAAAAUUCUGUUAGGUUGAUUCUAAAGGAUGGAGGCCAGUGCCGCCAGUCAGUGCCGGCAGUCAGGGGGCAUCAUGGCGGUACCUUGGCACACUUCUGAUUUACAUUAUUAUACCACUGCUUCCCGAGAGUUUAUUAUACAGGGCUGUAUGUUUAUAUUGCUGUUAUUUUAUCUACUGGAAGUCAAUCAUCUGACCUCAUAAAGACUCAUGGAGUGAGGGGAUAAUAUCUACCUGGUUACAGCUGCCUGCCCCACGCACUACAGGACUAUCAAUCAAAUCCUACAACCCACAUUCAGGGAAGCUCUAUAGUAACUAUACAGGAAUGGGAGCUGUUAUCUGCAAACCUGUUAUCCACAAAGCUUCCAAUUAUGGAAAAGCUGUCUCCCAUAGACGCCAUUUUAUCCAAAUAAUCCACAUUUUUAAAAUUGAUUUCCUUUUUCUGUGUAUUAAUAAAACAGUCGCUUGUACUUGAUCCCAACUAAGAUAUAAUUAAUCCUUAUUGGAAGCAAAAUCAGCCUAUUGGGUUGAUUUAAUGUUUAUAUGAUUUUCUAGUAGACUUUAGGUAUGAAGAUCCAAAUUAUGGAAAGAUCCGUUAUCUGGAAAACAGAGCAUUCUAGAUAACAGGUUCCAUACCUGCACUCUGUUAUGUACCCCCCAUGCUGCAACAUUUCGGUAUAUUUAUCAUAAAAUAGAAGUAAUUCCAUUGUAGAGACUGAUUCUGUUCUGUGUCCCUAUAAAACAAGGACCAUGAACAACCUAUAAAAUAUAUCCUUAUGAACUGUACCUUGUGAUGUCAUCAGUUAGAAAUGGUAAUUAAUGAUGUCACAUAGACCAUUGAGACUUCCCCCCAGUGUAUAAUGUAAAUAAAGAAUAUAGCUUGUACUCUCAUAUCCUUAUCACUUAAACUAGGGGGUACAUUAUUGGUUGUAUGAAUGCAGAGAGGUUGUGUGUAUAUGUAUAUACUGAUGCCUGUAUAAGGGGAGGAGUCAUGCUGUGAUAUUGUAUAUAAUAAUAAUAAUAGGCAGAAACGGUAUCUGUAUUAUUAAUCUGUAUUAUUAAUCUGUAUUAUUACGGCACAAAACUGCUUACACAAAAUACAGUUUGAAAGGAUUUUGCAAGAAUGAUUAAUUUGUAUUAAACCGAGGGGCAAUUAGUGCUUUUAAUUGUUUUGUCUGCGUCUCUGUCUGUAAUGAAGCAUCUCAUUGGCUCUGAUGUUCUACCCACAGUCCCGUGCAGCAGUGCCAAGUCACAUGGGCAAAUACGGGUGUCAAAUAUGGAGUCGCCCCUUGGCAUUUAUUUCCCGUCUGGCUUCUUUGUUGUUCAGUUUUGUAUUAAUUAAAGUCA